AUGUUCACGUGGCUGCUGGUCUACUCCCUGUCCCUGAUAGUGUCCGCGGGCGUGCAGCUGGACCAGCAAGUGGCCGUCAGCGUCCCCGGAGAUAUUAUCCUUGGCGGAUUGUUCCCCGUUCACACGAAAGGGGAUCGAUCGCCAUGCGGUUCCCAGAUCUACCACCGCGGCGUCCAACGGCUCGAGGCGAUGAUGUACGCCGUCGACACAAUCAACAAGAACCCCAACAUCCUGCCGAACGUCUCGCUCGGCGUUCACAUACUCGACACCUGCUCUCGCGACACCUACGCGCUGAACCAGAGCCUUCAGUUCGUCAGGGCGUCCCUGAACAACAUCGACACAUCCGCGUACGAAUGCCCCGACCAUUCCGUACCCCGACCACGGAACAACCUCUCCGGGCCAGUCUUCGGGGUGGUGGGGGGCUCGUACAGUUCGGUAUCCCUGCAGGUGGCCAAUCUACUUGGGCUAUUCCACAUACCGCAGAUAUCGCCGGCCUCAACGGCCAAAGCUCUCAGCGACAAGUCACGGUUUAAGUACUUCGCGCGGACGGUUCCUCCAGAUACUUUCCAAUCCAGCGCUCUGGUGGACAUCGUCAAAAGCGUUAAUUGGUCGUACGUAUCGACCAUCUACUCAGAAGGAUCUUACGGGGAAUAUGGCAUCGAGGUGUUCCACAGGGAGGCGCAGGAGAGGAACGUUUGUAUCGCCACAGCCGAGAAGGUGCCCAGUGCUGCUGACGACAAGGAAUUUGACAGCAUCAUCUUGAAACUGAAGAAGAAGAUUAACGCCAAAGGCGUCGUGCUGUUCACCAGGGCUGAGGAUGCAAGGCGUAUUCUGCAGGCAGCUAAGAGGAUGAACGCCAGUCACACCUUCUACUGGGUAGCCAGCGACGGCUGGGGUAAGCAGCAGAAGCUGCUGGAAGGAGUGGAGGACGUGGCUGAGGGGGCGAUUACCGUCGAACUCCAAUCUGACAGCAUACCGGGGUUCGACGAGUACAUGAUGUCGCUGACGCCGGAGAGAAACGUGAGGAAUCCGUGGUUCGAGCAAUACUGGGAAGACACCUUCGGAUGUACGCUCGAAAAAAAUAUACCGCUAGAGACUAACCAGACGAUCAAUGUCUGUUCCCCCGAUCUAAGACUAUCUCAUCAGAGCGCCGGAUACGAACAAGAGAGCAAAGUGCAAUUUGUAGUCGACGCCGUUUACGCCUUUGCUUUCGCCCUGCACAACCUCUACGAAGACUUAUGCAAAAACUACACCCAACCGGGGAUUUGUCCCGCAAUGACCCAGUACGACGGGGGAGACUUCUACAAAAAGUACCUGCUUAACGUUUCAUUUCAAGAUUUGGCCGGCAGUCCAGUUAAAUUCGACAGUAGCGGAGAUGGUCUGGCUCGGUACGACAUUUUGAACUACCAGAGACUGGUCAACUCUUCAGGAUAUCACUACAAGGUGGUUGGGAAAUGGUUUAACUCGCUAGAACUGAAUCCGGACAUUUUAGUAUUCGACCACAACCAAACUGUUACCCCCACAUCGGCUUGCUCCCUCCCGUGCGAAGUUGGAAUGAUUAAAAAACAACAAGGGGAUACAUGCUGUUGGAUAUGCGACAAAUGCGAGGAACACGAGUACGUCUACGAUGAAUCCACAUGUAAAGAUUGCGGGCCAGGAUUUUGGCCUUAUAAAGACAAACUGUCCUGCUAUGCACUGGAGCUGCAGUACAUGCGCUGGAACACGCCAUACGCUUUGGUCCCGGCAGCAUUCUCUUGCCUGGGCAUCCUAGUAACCUUCGCCGUCAUAAUCCUAUUCAUAAAGCAUAACGACACGCCGCUAGUUCGAGCCUCAGGACGAGAACUGAGUUAUAUGUUACUCUUCGGGAUUUUCCUAUGCUAUUUAAAUACUUUCGCGCUCCUAGCAAAGCCAACUACCGAAAUCUGUAUCACCCAGCGGUUCGGAGUAGGCGUCGGAUUCUCGAUAAUAUACGGGGCACUUCUCACCAAGACCAACAGGAUCUCCAGAAUAUUCGAUUCCGCAUCUAAGUCAGCACAGAGGCCCAAUUACAUCAGCCCUAAGUCCCAGGUGAUAAUAACUUGUACGCUUAUUGCCGUGCAAAUUAUUCUUACCUUGGUAUGGAUGGCUGUUGAGCCACCGGGCACAAGAUUUCACUACCCCACCAGGAAUCAGAUUAUACUAAAAUGCAAAAUCCAGGAUAUGUCCUUUUUAUUCAGCCAGCUCUACAAUAUGGUCCUAAUCACAACCUGCACUGUUUACGCUGUCAAGACCCGCAAAAUCCCUGAGAACUUUAACGAAUCUAAAUUCAUCGGUUUCACUAUGUACACCACAUGCAUCAUAUGGCUGGCAUUCAUCCCAAUCUACUUUGGCACUGGCAAGGCGUAUGAG